UUAUUUUUACCCUCACCUCGCGCGGACUGGUUUUCAAAAUUUGUGAUAUAUUUAAAAUUAAUAAUAGUGAGGUACUGAUUUUUUGCUGAUUUUUUUCUUAAAUAAAUUUAUUAUUAAUGAUGCCGGGACAAGAGAAUAGAACUAGAAAUGGCCACGUGCUUGUUGCACAGACGGACUUGGAUUUUUUGCCGGCGAAGAAACCCGAAGGAUGGUGGGGUACGAGGCACUUCGUGACCUUCAUGCUGUUUUUGGGGAUGGCCAACGCCUACGUGAUGCGCACCAACAUGUCGGUCGCCAUCGUGGCGAUGGUCAAUCACACGGCGGUUGGCGUCGGACACGAAAUCGUUGACGACGAGUGCCCCGACACCGAUUACGGAAACCACACAUCGACCGUUCAAGAUGGAGAAUUCAUAUGGAGUACAUCGUUGCAGAGUCAAAUUCUAUCUUCAUUCUUCUGGGGCUAUGUCAUAACACAGAUUCCAUUCGGUAUUUUAUCAAAACGAUAUGGUGCCAAAUGGUUUUUAGGCGUCGGCAUGAUGAUAAAUUCCUUGUUUGGUCUCCUGGUUCCUGUCGCAGCACGCGAAGGAGGAUCAGGCUGGCUCAUAGCUGUCAGAUUCAUCCAGGGAUUGGGCGAAGGUCCGAUUGUGCCCUGCACUCACGCCAUGUUGGCCAAGUGGAUUCCACCAAAUGAACGUUCCAGAAUGGGAGCUGCUGUAUAUGCAGGUGCUCAAUUCGGUACAGUAGUAUCGAUGCCCUUGUCAGGUCUUUUGUCAGAGUAUGGUUUCGAUGGAGGCUGGCCUUCCAUCUUCUACGUCUUCGGCCUGGUAGGAGCAAUCUGGUCUGCAGCUUUCUUGUUAUGGGUUCAUGAAGAUCCUGAAGUACAUCCUACCAUUGACCAGCGCGAAAAGAAAUAUAUUGUUAGCUCGUUGUGGGGAACUGCAGGCACUUCUACACCACCAAUACCAUUCAAGAAAAUCUUGCUGUCUUUGCCGUUCUGGGCUAUCAUGUUUGCCCAUAUGGGUCAAAACUAUGGUUACGAGACUCUCAUGACAGAAUUGCCGACUUAUAUGAAACAAGUGCUGAGAUUCUCCAUCAAAGAUAACGGUAUCCUAUCUGCCCUCCCCUACUUGGCCAUGUGGCUGUUCUCCAUGUUUAUAUCUGUGAUUGCUGACUGGCUGCUUACUUCGGAAAGACUUACACAUACCUCACUAAGAAAAAUCAUCAACGGAAUAGGUCAAUUCGGUCCUGCAAUUUGCCUAAUGAUUGCCUCCUACACCGGUUGCGACAGACCCCUAACAGUCGCCCUUUUGACAAUUGGUGUCGGUCUCAACGGUGCCAUUUAUUCAGGCUUCAAAGUAAACCAUUUAGACAUCUCACCAAGAUUCGCUGGCAUUCUCAUGUCUUUCACUAACUGUACGGCUAACUUGGCAGGACUCCUUGCUCCACUGGUUGCAGGAUACGUCGUAGAGGAUAAGCCGACGCAGGCGUCUUGGCGUGUCGUCUUCUUCGCAGCAGCAGGAGUCUAUAUUGCCUGCUGUGCCUUCUACGUAGUCUUCAGUUCCGGGGUCAGACAACCUUGGGACGACCCCAGCAAAGACGAGGAACUCAGACAGGAACGAGAGGCCAGGAGUAAUGGAAAUGCCAACGGUGUUAGGUCUAAUGGUAUCACAACAGUCGAAUCGAAUCAUUGAUCGAUGGGUAUAUGUAGGUGUGUGUUUGGACGAAACAUAUUGACGAGUCUUCCAGAAAUAGUAGUAAACGAUAAUGGAUUUUUUUAUGUUUUUAUGUAGGUAGUGACGUUACCUAUAUUAGCCCUGGGUAAAAGACAAGAUUAUAUAUGUAAUUGAUGAUAUAAAGAGUAGAAUUUACAUUUAGGGGGCGUUCAUUAAUCACGUGAGGUUUGUAGGAGAAGGGGAAAGGGUAUAGUAAGAUAUCACGUGGAUUUAUUUUUUAUCUGAUUUUGUUUAAAAUCAAAACAUUUUCAAAUUUUUUUUUUUAAUUUUACGAAUUUUUUCGUAACUAAAAAUACACCUGAUGCUUGCUGGGGGGAGGAGGGGUAAUUAAGAAUAUUACCCAGGGGGAAGAGAAAGUCGUGAUUAAUAGAAGUCUCCUAAUUGAUGAUACAAAGAGAAGAAUUUACAUUUUUUUUAAUUUAGGGGGCGUCUGUUAAUCACAUGAGGUUUUUAAGGGCAUGAGGGGAUUAUAGUAAGAUAUCACGUGUAUUAAUUCUUUACCUGAUUUUUUUUUCAAUCCAAACUAUUCAAAAAAAAUUUAAAAUUUUACGAUUUAUUCUCGUGAUGUUUGGUGGGGGGAGGCGGGUGGUAAUUUUAAAUAUUACCCAGGGGGGAUAGAAGGUCCAGAAAUUCUUAAAAAAUUGAUCACGUGAUUAAUGGACGCCCCCUAAUUGAUGAUACAAAGAGGAGACAUUACAUAUUUCUAAUUUAGGGGGCGUCUGUUAACCAUGUGAGGUUUCUGGGGAGGGAAGUGGGGAUACAGUAAGAUAUCAUGUGUAUUUAUUUUUAACUGGAUUUUUUUUAAAUCUAAACAUUUAAAAAAAAAUAAAAAAAUUGCAAUUUUUUUUGUAACUAAAAAUCCACAUGAUUUUUGCUGGGAGAGGAGGGGUAAUUUUGAAUAUUACCAAGGGGAGAGGGGGUUCCAGAAAUCCUUAAAAAAUUUAUCACGUGACCAAUGGACGCCCCCUUAGGAUUAAUAUGCAGUAAAAGUUUUUUAUUCUUAUUUUAUUUUUAAAAAAUGGCAAUGUAUGUGGUUCCUUAAAAGAAAACUUAAAGGUUUUAUUAUAUUACUCAAUUUUUCUGUGGAAUUUACUUUUGUGAAACUAUUUUACCAAAUAGUUCUACAAUUUAUCUUCUUGCUUUCUAAUUGUAUACUUUUGAUUUUGGUCUUUAUUUCACAAUUCAACUGCCUCAUACAAAUGAGCAUAUGGAUGUGAUGUCACAAUAUUAUCCACUUAAAAAAAAUAGACCUGAAAAUAGAUCGAGUCCUAUAUUGUUCCCAUUUCAUGCAAAUUGAUUUUCCAUAAAAAUUGGUGGAAAGUUCUUGGUUGAAGAUUUAUUUUAAUAUAAUAGAAGCUUUUUGUAUCUUUUUCUCUUGUGGAAUCGACAUUUACAAAUUGUUUCUUUGAAAGGAUAUUUAAAACAUUUUUGUCUAAAUUCCUCUUAAUUUUUUAAAUUGGAAUCAGCUCAUAAAUCAAUGUGAAUAAUCAUAGAAAUGGAAGCGCGAAUGAAAAACUUUUACUGAACUUUUUGAGAGUAAAUAUAUGUCAAAAAAUAAGACAAUUCUAAAAUGUCAAAAGAAUGACUCAUUUAUAUAGUGAUUUUAAAAAUUAUUUAUCAUUUGUGGCACGUCAGCUUGUGUUACUAAUUAAAUUUACUAUACUUGGUACAAUGGGCUAAUAUAGGAUACUUUUUCUUUACCAUAGGUUCAAAAUUAGUUGACAAAAUUAAACUGAGAUUUGUAAUAAAGAUUGCAAAUGUUUUAACACUUUAGUUUAAUAAUUACUAAGGGGGCGUCUAUUAAUCACGUGAGGCUUUAUAUUUUACCUA